GUAGUUUUUUUUUUUUUGUAAAUAACUGGCCAACACACAUCCAUGUCGGCAGCUUUUCUUCCGUGUUACCUUUUGGUGUUCGUGAUUUUGAUGCGAUGAGAACCCAUCGCCUACUCGUAACAGCAUCGGGAAUUUCUCUGAUACUGGGAACAGGUUUAGGAGUAUGUAUAGAGAAAGUGAGACUGUACAAAAACUUAAACGAUGUUCCUUUGCCUAUUCCGUCCCUUCAGGCUCGGGAGCUUUCUGUUGUACAACAAAAUGCCGGCGUGGCUCCUAGUGCGCCAAUGCCAGGCAACAGGGUUGCCCAGAUAAUGAAAUUCGGUUUUCCCAGUAUGAGCAACCUUCGUUCGUAUGGCAAUUAUGUUUUAUCCUACGAUCAGAGAACACGAUGUCCAAAUUGGGUAUUUGAACAUUUGACACCCGAGAGUCUGAAGGAGAAAAACGCCGAUAGAAAAUCAUGUAACUUUGAGGAAGAUCCUUCAAUCCAUGCUUACUUUAGGGCGACAGAUCGAGAUUUCUCUGGGAGUGGUUACGAUAGAGGACACAUGGCGGCAGCUGCGAAUAAUCUACAAUCAUGGAAAAAUCUUCAAGAAACAUUUUAUUACAGCAAUGUAGCACCACAGGUUGGUGAAGGAUUUAACCGAGGUAUUUGGAAUAAAUUAGAAAAAUAUGUUCGUUCAGUUGCCAGGAAAAGCAAGAAUGUCUAUGUCUGUACUGGACCUCUUUAUUUACCAAGAGCGGCACCUGAUGGAAAAGUUUACAUCAAAUAUGAAGUGAUCGGUAAAAACCACGUGGCGGUACCAACCCAUUUCUUCAAAGUAGUGUUGAUUGAGAACAAUGAAGGGGAAUAUGAACUAUUGUCUUUCAUGCUUCCCAAUGAGGCUCAAACUGAUGAUAAGUUACUAAAGUAUUUCACUAUAGACAUUGAGAAAAUUGAACGGGCUGCCGGCCUCCUAUUCUUUGACAAAUUACCGAAAAGUCAACUCAAAUACAUCAACAAACAGGAAAACAAAAUCAGGAAAUGGUCAUAGGGAUUCUUGAAAGCAAGCAAUGUUUUGUAUUCACACCUUGCACCUGCUUGUUAUAUCUGAUGUAGUAUUUUUUCAUAUUUUGAUAAUCAAUUAUAUAUGUACUAAAUAUAUAUAUAUACAUAUCAUCACUAUCAUUAUCAUGCAAGCAUGGAAGAUGAGUUUCUGUGCUGGUAUGGAUUGG